GGACAAAGCUACUUAUGAAAGAGAAACGAGUGGAGCGCAUACACUAUGGACAACAACCCACCAACAACAACAGUAACAACAAAAAAGUAACCAACGUAAUACAUAGAUUCAAAGGUUUCACGCUUCACAAAUUCACAACCCCCUCAAACCCUUUUCGUUUAACUCAAUUCUCAUCUCUUCCUUCCAUUAAAGGUAUCUUUUUUAUGGACUGUAAUCCUUUUCUACCUUAAAGUGGCAGUAGCGGAAUAGACACAUAAAGUAUGAUAGCCUCCGAUCCUCUUUCGAUCCCAAAUAACUGAAGAGGAUGAGAAUAUCACUGGUAGUUUUGAUUAAAUAACAGAAACGAAUUGCUGGAAAAUGGGAGGUUGCUGUUGUUCUGCCAGAAAACCUCACCUGCAUGGAACACCAGUGUAUUACUAUUGCCCACCAACUUUAGAAGAGCGUGAGUCGUUAACCUCUAAUGAUGGCACGGCUGCUUCACUCACUGCUGGAUUGCUUGUAAGCUUGAACCUGGAAACAUCCACACCUGAUACUUACCAGCCCCCUCCUGCACCUUUGCCAUAUGAUAUGGUCCUUGGAUGCCCAGCUUCAACAGAUUCUGAUUCAGGCAGAGAAACAGUUAGUGGUAGUAGUUUUGAAACUUUAAUUACGUGUGAUGAUCUUGAAGAAUCUGAGUGCAAAGCUCAAGCUAAUUCUUCACCUAUAUCUCCAAGGAAGUCAGAACUGCCAAAAUCAAAUGAAUCUCAUGCAUUAGUGACCGAAGAAGAGGACGUCUGUCCAAUAUGUCUUGAAGAAUAUGAUGUUGAGAAUCCUAAAACUCUGACGAAAUGCGAGCAUCACUUUCAUCUGUCUUGCAUUCUUGAGUGGAUGGAAAGAAGUGACUCCUGUCCUAUAUGUGAUCAGGAGAUGAUAUUUGACCAGACACUGAACUAGUUUGGUUGUUUCAAAAGAAAAGCUUGCUAAAUGAGUGAAGGAUAUAAAACUUAUUGUUUGAUAACUGGUUAGAUGAUGGUACAGAUUCAUUUUCAAGUCAUCGUUCAUUUAAAAAGUCAUUGUUUUAGUGGACUCAUUUCAUUGGGGAUACAAUCUGUGAGGAGAAGAAUGAGGAGAUUUUGACAGAAUGCUGCACCACAUUGCAUGUCUCUUUGACUGCAAUUCCUCAGGUUGGAAUUUACCUAUUUUUAGUGAAAGAAUACAGCAUAUCUCAAGAUGAAGAAAUUCAUGUUCAGAGAAUGGCUCUUUCUUUUUUUUAAGUAUUGCUUGGCUGCUCUCCAUUUUCUUGUACAAAUUUCUCAAUAUUUAUUUGUUUGUCUAUGUAAUUUUCUUUGUGGGGAAAAAAUGUAUACUGGUCUUGUAAAUCAAGUCUGCAUUUACAUUUUGAUUACAUUUUCAAUGUAAAUAUUCUGGUGGAUACUGGGGAUCCCAUCUUUUGUUGUAUGGCCAAUGAGUAAUGACCAAGUAUACCUUAAACCCCAUUCUUUUUUAUUAAAUUUUCUUCUGGCUGGUGCCAAAAGGGUUGAUUGUGAACAUUGUUAAUCAAUGUAUUGUAAAUUCUGCUGGUUUUCUGUUUG